CUCAAAUGUGACCGCGACUGAAAGUCUGAAACGUUUGUUUACAAUCUUACGAUCCCUGCAUUACUCAGGAAUCAGGAUUACUGGCGAAUACUGAUCAGUGUGACACUGGAGUUUGAAGGAACUUUGCAUUUCACUGUAACCUGUAGUCAUACCAUUUGACUUAUUCUCGGACCACAUAGCCUUGUAUACAAGAUGUUACAGUAAUUAUCUACUUGAUUUGUUUUGAGAUAAAGUAGCGUGCACUUCUCAGUCAAAUAUACCAUAUAUACGCAUAAUUUGUAAUAGUUAAUUGACCUGUGGGCUGUAAUCACCUCACAAGAAUUGGGAAUUUACAAUGGCAUUGGCACAAAAACGUGGUCAGGUUCGACUACCACCGGAAGUCAACCGAAUAUUGUACAUCAGAAAUCUCCCCUACAAAAUCACGGCUGAAGAGAUGUAUGACAUAUUUGGCAAAUACGGAGCAAUAAGACAAAUACGAGUAGGCAACACCCAGGAGACGAGAGGGACAGCAUUUGUAAUUUACGAAGAUAUUUUUGAUGCCAAGAAUGCAUGUGAGCACCUCUCUGGCUUCAAUGUCUGCGGCCGGUAUUUGGUGGUCCUCUACUACCAAGCUAACAAAGCAUUCAAAAAGAUGGAUCUGGUGAAGAAGCAGGAAGAGUUGGACAAAACAAAAGCAAAGUACAACAUAAAUUUGAACAACUCUGCAUAAGUACACAUUUUCCUGAGAAUAAAUUUAGAAUAAUU